AAAGCCACUCAUGAAAUAGGCGGGUAAUAAUGACUGAUUUAAGUCGAUUGGUUAAGGAGAUAGGGAUCGAGGUUCAACAACUUUCAAGUCAGGUGGAGUUAGAAAGAAACAAUAUAUCUCAUCUCCAACAAAGGUUAAUUUCUCUAACUCAAGAAGCUGAGUCUCAAAAAAAGGUUAAGCAGCAAUUAGAGGAGGAGUUAAAGAAUUUAGAAGAGACCUAUUUUCAGCCAGAUGUUAACAGUUUUGGGCUUUCAGACGUCAGUGAAGUAAUAAAUGAACAAAUCAAGUGCCUCGACGUAAUCCUCUCGGAGAUUAUUAGCAGUAACGAGCGAUUUAGGAAGGAAAGAACUGACAUGAUUUUGGAAUACAAACAGAAGCUAGAUACUUACAACCAACAUAUUGUACGAAACGAAAAGCUACACGCCUUUAUCGAGCUGUGGAAAGUUAAAUGUACUGAGAACUUCAGGCUAACUGCGAUCCCUGAUGUGAUAAGAGAAAUAGCCAAAGAAAUAGCCGACUCUCACGAUACAUCUCUUGUGGAGACCAUGGAAAAUGCGCUAAAUGCACCAACAGUUGGAAGCGAAGUAAUUAGAGUAGCAUCUCCUACAGAUGUGUGCGUCACGCAAAAAGGUGAAGUUCCGGCAAUUAUUCCGAACACUCAUCAGUCAGGAACUACAUGCGAUGACCAGCUGGAUUUCGCUGACGAGCAAAAUACUCAGUUUCAGGAAAGUAAUGUCUUGGACGCCAGUCGCUUACGCAUGUCCGCCCUUGAUACUAGCGUGAUUUCAUCGCUUGUGAGAAAAGAAAGUUGCAGUUUCCCACAUAAAAAUUUUGAACGCAUUGAUGACACUCAACGAGAUUACACAAUGAAUAUGGAUGUGACAAUUUGUGGAGAAAAUGAUGCAUCUUCUUACUGAACUUACCGUCAAUGUUUCUUAAAAUAAAGUUACGGUUGGUUCUUGUUGAACAUACACAAUAAAGUUAAUUAGUUUCG